AUGACACUGGAAAAAGAAGAUAAUUUUCAGAAUUACCCUCAUUCAAUUGAGCGUCGUGGAGCGUUACGUCAGAAGAAUGUUAUUGAGAUCAAGGGUCAUAAAUUUGUUGCUAAAUUUUUCAAGCAAUUCACGUUUUGUGGACACUGCAAAGAUUUUAUAUGGGGUCUUGGUAAGCAAGGAGUCCAGUGUCAAAUAUGCUGCUUCGCUGCUCACAAGAGGUGUUAUCAAUAUGUAGCAUUUAAGUGUCCUGGUGCUGAUUUAGGACCUGAAUGUGAUUCUAAAAGAUGUCAUAAGUUUAAACCACACACUUAUUCGAGUCCGACAUUUUGUGACCAUUGUGGUUCAUUACUCUACGGACUUGUUCAGCAAGGUCUAAAAUGUCAAAACUGUGGUAUGAAUGUACACAAAAGAUGUGAAACGAACGUUCCACACCUUUGUGGCGUAGAUAACACGGAGAGACGAGGACGAAUAUAUCUCAAGAUUAGCUGGCACGAAGAAAGAUUUGUUGUUGAAGUCAAAGAAGGUGGAAAUCUUAUUCCAAUGGAUCCAAAUGGUCUUGCUGAUCCUUAUGUCAAAAUCAAAUUUGGACCAACCGAUGAACUUGGACGCAAGUACAGAACAAAAACAAUAAAGUCUACCCUCAAUCCUGUAUGGGAUGAAAAGUUUACUAUUGAUCUACAUCCAGAUGAUGAAUCAAAGCGAUUGCACUUUGAAGUUUGGGACUGGGAUCGUACAUCACGUGACGAUUUCAUGGGUGCUUUAUCAUUUGGAGUUACGGAAUUGAUUAAAAAGCCUAUUGACGGUUGGUUUAAACUGCUCAGUCAAGAAGAAGGUGAAUACUACUCAAUACCUUGUACAACAGAAAGUAAUACUCCACCCUAUGCAGAGAUAUCAUCUGAAUAUGAGUCACAAUUCAAAGGAGAUAUUUCUAAUGAUGAUAAUGAAAAUCUACAAAAUUGUCCGACAAAAUUACGUGAUGUAGUCAGAGCAACAGAUUUCAAAUUUAUCAAAGUGUUGGGUAAAGGAAGUUUCGGAAAGGUAAUGUUAGCUGAACGUAAAGAUACAGAUGAACUUUAUGCUGUGAAAAUUUUGAAGAAAGAUGUUGUCUUACAAGAUGAUGAUGUAGAAUGUGCAAUGAUUGAACGUCGAGUAUUAGCGUUACAACGUAAACCACCAUUUCUUGUACAAUUACAUUCUACAUUUCAAACUAUGGAUCGAUUAUAUUUUGUGAUGGAAUUUGUCAAUGGUGGUGAUCUAAUGUUCAGAAUACAAAAGGAAGGAAAAUUCAAGGAACCUAUUGCGGUAUUUUACGCUGCAGAAGUCGCCGUUGGUUUAUUCUUUUUACAUAAUAAAGGAAUUAUUUAUCGUGAUUUAAAAUUAGAUAAUUUACUACUCGAUUCUGAUGGACAUGUUAAAAUAGCAGAUUUUGGAAUGUGUAAAGAUGGUAUAAUAGGUGAUACAACAACUCAUACAUUUUGUGGUACACCAGAUUAUAUUGCACCAGAAAUACUUCUGUAUAAACCUUAUGGGAAAUCAGUAGAUUGGUGGUCCUAUGGUGUUUUAUUGUAUGAAAUGUUAGCUGGUCAGCCUCCUUUUGAAGGUGAAGAUGAAGAAGAUUUAUUUGCAAAUAUAUUACAACAUACUAUUUCAUAUCCGAAAAGUUUAUCCAAAGAAUCUGUUUCCAUUUGUAAAGCGCUACUUACAAGAGAUCCAAUGAAAAGACUCGGAUGCGGUUCAGAUGGUGAAAAAGAGAUCAAAGAACAUUUGUUCUUUCGACGUAUAGAUUGGGAUAAAAUUGCUUCGCGUUUAGUCCAGCCUCCUUUCAGACCAGUUACUUGUUCACCACGUGAUACAAGUAAUUUUGACAGUGAAUUUACAAAAGUCACGCCGGAAUUAACUCCAACAGAUAAAUUAUUUGUCAUGAAUUUAACUCAAACGGAAUUUAGUGGAUUUUCUUUUGUUAAUCCAGAAUUUAUUGUUGAAGUGUAA